AUGAGCAGCACAGCUUCAGAUGAAUCUUUAACGUUAGAACUCAUACGCCAACACCUCCUAGAAGACUUCACUUCGACUGAGUCAUUCAUUGACAACCUUAAUCUCUGUUUCUUCAAUGGUUAUGAGGGUAAACCCAUUUUGAGCCCAACGAAUAUGGACUCCCCUUCAUCCUGGUCGGGCUCGUAUUCUUCUCUGUCGGACGCAAAGCAAUCCGAUUCACCCACUUCACGCUGUUUCAAUUUCGAGCCACCGCAUGUUUUCGAAUUUGAAUUGAAGCCGGAGAUAAACAAGAUUUGCUCACCGGAUACUCCGAAGAAACGAGUUAAAACCGAGCCGGAAGAAAGCGGACCAGUUCACGUUCUGGGUUCGAGAAGAUUGGGAAGGAGUUACAGAGGCGUCAGGCGGAGGCCAUGGGGGAAGUACGCGGCGGAGAUUCGAGACCCGGUCAAGAAAGGGUGUCGGGUCUGGCUGGGGACUUUUGACACAGAUGUUGAUGCAGCAAGGGCUUAUGAUUGUGCUGCGUUCAAGAUGAGGGGAAGCAAGGCAAUUUUGAACUUCCCAUUGGAUGCCGGAAAAUCAGAUCCUCCGGCGAGCACCGGCCGGAAGAGGAGAAAAGAGAGUGCAACGCAGGAUUCGAAUAAUUAG